AUGACGCGCAAACGUGUUUCUCAGAUGAUUUUUCUCUCUUGGGCACUUUCAAUUUUUGUUAUUUUCCCCUUCGUUCUAACAUGGCUAGCUUUUAACGACAACAGUUCUCUUUUCUUAAUUAAUUAUUGGAUAACGAUGAUUUUCUUCGAGUUCCUGCCGUGCUGUGGUCUUAUCUUUUGGUUUGGUUCAAUGUUACAUGUGGUUUAUAAACACGAACGAGCUGCCCGCAUUCUAGCAAAAAAACUCCGCUUUAAUCGUCGAUUUUUGUUCAAAAGCGGGGAGAAGUCUGUUGUGAAAUUGAUGGCCAUUCUUAUUGGCCUAUUUAUUAUAGUUGUCAUAAUUGCCUUGCAAUGUUUUCUUGUUUCCAUCCUGAAGGGCAAAAAAUCGUGUAAUGAUGAAGAAUUUAAAACACCUCUUCUCGUUUUAAACUCUGCCAUCAACCCUGUUGCUUACGCUCUGUUCAAGAGGGACAUAAAGGAGGAGGUAAAACGAAGCAUUCGCUGUGUGAUCUGAAAGAAGAGAAACAAUAUUGAAUAACUUAAUGACUCUAGAUUUUUUCCCAAUAGAUAACUUUCUAUUAGGAUCGAUCAUAACGUAAUGCAAGCAUUCCCUAUUAUAGAAAUUAACGUUUAUAAGCAGGAAACAAGUUAUAUAGUUUUAGGAUUCAAAUUAUUGAGUAAAGCUCAAAAUGAAAUGUUAUACUCGUGUUUUAUUGAUAUAAAGUUUCAUCGCUGGGCAUAAAAUGCAAAUGAAUAAGGUCUAGAGAUCUCAAACUAGAUCUCAAUGUCAAUUGAGAUCAGGUUGUUCGUUUGAAAAAUGAGUAAUUCUACUUUGUUGAAAAAGCUAACUUUAAUGAGAUGCGUUUAAAUUUUCCUAAGGAAUAAGACUGAGCAAGAACAUGGAAGUUAGAGUAAUGAGCUAGUUAUCUCUCCAUGCUAAGUUAAAAUUCAACAGGUGCAAAAAGUUUGGCCUAAAUUUGCGCAUGUUUUUAAAAGUACAAGGAGAACUUAGAAUAAAAAAUUUAAAAAAUUGACUUUCUGAGAUGCACUUGGCAGAGUAUGUAUAUGCUGCGAAGGAAGAAAAUUAGUACUAUUCCGGAAUAAAUUGCAAAUGAGUUCUGAUGUUGAUGUCUGUUGAGAUCAGCUGGUUUACUGGAAGAGAUAAUUCUAUCCUGCAUAACAAACAACCCGAUUUUGAAUUACUGAGUUAAUCCUAAACCUGUUUUCUUUAUGUCAGAUAACAGACAAGGAGAUAUUCUCAACUUUGUUCCUCUUUUUUCCCGCAGAGGUCUGAGUACGAGCAAACCGUAUGUCUCUGUCAUGUUCAUUCAACCUUUCUCGCAUUGAUCUCCCUGUUUCGCCCGCGGUAUACACUGUUGGUACGGACCUGUUUCAAUUAAGGUUUUCAUUUUUUCACGGUAGGUGUUUGUGUCUAGGAUACACUAGCGCAGCCUUUUCUGCUGGCAGAAUAGUGAUAGUGUCGUGUUGUUUUAGAUUCUUAAAGGCCUUUUGCAUAUCCUUCGUGAUGUUGGGCUUGGGUGGUUUGGCCUGUUGAAGGAUACCGUUUACAGUUCGUCUUACGGUGUCUGCUCGCUUUGAGUCAAGCACUCUUAUUGCCCACUAGACUUUGGUGACUAUUUCUGUGGCUGGGAUGUUGGAUGGAUUGGUGAAAAAUUGUUUACCUAUUUCAUUAGUACCGUCAUGUUCGGCCAUUUUUCUCUCAACACUCCCAACUUGAAUAACACUCCUACGUAUACGCCUUUAAGCUCGUCGGAAUAUUGCAUGAAACGUCAUUUCGGCAUAAAUGCCUUCCUGGAAUGCAUCUUAUAUGCAGGUUGAAUAUUCUUAUUUUUCGGCUGUGUUUAGAGAAGCUAGUAAUAUUCAUGUGAAUCGUAACUGAAAAAAAAUUACUGGCAGAAUAGCACGGUCGCACUUGUUAAUGUUAAUUUUUUGGUUUUAUUGAAUUCUAUCCUGCUUUAAAAUUCGUGGGGAGGGGCCAUGGAAGUUUAGACAGGUGAGGAAAAAUAAAAUAGAGUAGUAGCAAUGGUAAAAUUGGUCCGCAGAUGCGUGCUUUAAUGAUCUACCGGAAAAUACGAAUAUGAUACGUUAAGAAUAUGAUUGUAAAUUUUCCAAAGUGCUUCUAUAUUACUGACGAAUUAAAACACAUGGAGAAACGUGCAAUUUGUGGAAAUCCUAUUUAGCAUAAAUUAAUAUUUUGCCAGCACGUAUAAGAGGACUUGGGCGGGUGCAAGGUGCGCGGAGAGUUAUGGGAUCGUGGUUUGUAUGUAGAGGUCGUUAGUAGGGCAAGGCAUUCUACGGUCAGCCUUCGAUGUGUUUAGUUGUUCGUUUUCGUUUUCGUUUUUAAGUUUUCAAAAGAUAAUGCAGUAUAGAAGGCAGGUGAGAAAAAAUCGAUAAACACUUGCGUAGGUGAAGAUGCUUUGGCUCGUUUAGGUAGAGUCUAAAAACGUUGUGAUUAGUGUUGUCGCCACAGAUUUUACGAAAUAUUUUAUCAUCAAGCUCACAACUAUAAUGUAAAGUGUAACCCACUAUAAAGUGACCGAACACUAAGUUUAAAAGAGGAGAAGAGACUUGUUUUAACCAAAUGCGACUGAUGAUAACUUGUCGCUAUAUGCAAAUAAAACAAAGUGAACUGUCUUCAUAGGGAAGUUUCAUCUUUCAAUUAGUUAUAUUAGCGUGUUGAAAGUAAUGAAACGAGGUAUGCAACGAUUUUACUCCAUAUCGAAGAAUGUAGCGGGUGAUUUACUAACUGUUCGAUGCUUUUGACAGUGGAAAGGCAAAAAUGGAACUUUUGCCCUCUUUCUUUAGCCAUCUAUAAAAUUAAAGGAGGAAAAUAUGACUCGCUAAAAAUAGAUAAGGUGGUUGAAGAAUUGUUAAGAAGCGGCUGAAUAAAUUGCAUUUUUGAGACUUAGCAAUCAGCGAAAAUACUAUGAAAUUACACUUAUUUUGAGGAGAAGCAAGUUUAUAACAAAAAUCAACUACAAAGAACUGAUAUAGAAAUAGCCGGAAAUACCGGGCGCUUUUGCUCGCUAGGGCAUUAGCGUUUCGUUAUGGAAUUGACUUUUUUGAGCGAUGUUUUCAUCCAAACAGUAAGCAGUUAAUGUUAGCAUCAUUUCAGCACUACUGCUUUCAAUAAACUUUAUUACUUGUUUUCUGACAGUGUUUUUUGCAAUUAGUCUGUAUAUUAUGACAUUUUAUUUUAAGACAACAAAAGGAGACCUGACAAUGUGCUGAAGCUGUCAGAGAUAAGUUGUCAAAAUCCAUAUUUAGCUAUCUUCAAUAAUUUAGCUUCUUACUGCUCGUGCAAAAGGUUCAUAUCACCACGAACAUCGUGCGAUUUUCAUCAAUUAGAAUAGAGAAGGGUACUAGAAUGAGUACUCCGUGGAUGCCUCUCUUGUGAUCAGUUACCUUCCUUUGAUUCAUUGACUUCAUUGAAGGACUAAGGCUGUUAACUUAACGGUAAGAGCGGCCGGAUUUCAGGCUGAUUUGUCAACUGCGAUGUGUUUGAGGGAGACGACAUCAUAAAAUCAACGAAGUGUUUUCCAAUGCUUUUAAGUUGCAUAGGGAAUUGUAGUCUUGUAGUCCAAACCCAAACUUUAUACUUUCAGCUUUCAUUUGUAUUGGGCCGGCCACCUGAAGACCACAAAAUGGAAACGUGGCUUUGGAUUCUUGGCUGGUCUCUUUCCAUCCUGUCCAUGACUGGAAAUGGCUUUAUUAUUUUCCUUGUUUGCAGAAGGUGGCGGCUUCGAAACAAAACCAACGCGUUUGUCGUUUCUCUCGCAGUGGCAGACUUCUGUGCUGGCUGGAGUGCUUUUCCACCGCUUUUCGUCUGCGAGGAGAUAACCGGAUGCGACCCUACGACCUUCAUAGCCAACGGGGUGGAUUAUUUCAGGUGGCUGUUUAUGUAUGCGUCUGUGACAAACUUGUGCAAUUUAGUCCUGGAUCGCUACAUUGCUACAUUGCGUUAAGUUACUUGACUUUUAUGACACGCAGAAGCGUUUUGAUGAUUUUCAUGAGGACCAUUAGUUGUUUCGUCUUUGUUUUUACUAAACUGGCUUGUUUUUGAAGAAGAUUGUGUUGUUUUAUGACACAAUGGCAGAAAUCUUGCCGUCGUUAAUUUUCUUUGGAUCAGAUGAUUUUCAUGCCUUGGACCAUUCCAGUUGUUGUCGUCUUUGCGUUUUUUACUAAACUGGCUUUAUUUUUGAAAGACGGAAAACCGUGUGAUGAUAAAGAAUAUAAAAUUCCGUUGUUGUUUGCCGUCUUCAAGAGGGACAUAAACAUGGAGCUCAUCUCAUUUUCAAUGGAUCCAAUUUAUGAAAACAACUCUUUCAUCCUUUUUAGAAAUUUCGUUGCAUACCCGUCUAAUGAAUUUGUCUUGAACUAUUAAUAUUCAUCGGGUUAACAGGUAGAUGAAAUUAACAAUAUGAAAAGGAUCCUGUUAAAAAGGAUCCUGUUAAUCUCAUCAAGUUUUAUCGGUUCUCGUUCCUUUUGGUUCAUUUUUAACUGUUAAGGUUACUUUUGUCUAAUUUUGCCAGUCUGUUUCAUUUUUAUAGGUUUGCAAAUCAGUCUAUCAGUCAGCCAGUCAGUUUGUCAAUCGGCCAGUCAGUUUUCAGUCAUUUCGUAAGUUACCUAGUCCAUCAGUCAACUAAGUCUGUCAGUCAGUCAGUUGUCAGUCUCUCAGUCCUUCAGACAGUCAGUCAGUCAAUUUUCAGUACGUCUUUCAGUCAAUAAGACAGUCAGUUUUAAGUCAAUUGUCGGGGAAAUCAGUUGAUCAGUAUUAGUCAGUGUUAAGUCAUUUAAUUGGUCAGCGUAUUCAGUGACCCAGUAAGUCAGUCAAUCAGUUGAUCAGUAAGUCAGUGUUCAGUCAUUUAGCUAGUUGGUCAGCAUAUUCUGUCAGCUAGUCAGUCAGUCAGUCAGUCGGUCAGUCAAUCAGGGUAUUCAGUCGGUCAUCCGAUCAUUCAGUCGGUCAUUCGAUCAUUCAGUCGAUCAGGGUAUUCAGUCGUUCGUCCAAUCGUUCAGUCGGUCAUCCGAUCAUUCAGACGGUCAUCCGAUCAUUCAGUCGGUCAUCCGAUCAUUCAGUCGGUCAUCCGAUCAUUCAGUCGAUCAGGGUAUUCAGUCAGUCAUCCGAUCAUUCAGCCGGCCAUUCUAUCAUUGAGUCGGUCAUUCAAUUAUUUAGUUGGUCAUCCGAUCAUUGAGUCGGUCAUUCGGCGAUCAUUGGGUCGGUCAUCCGAUCAUUCAGUCAAUCAUUCGAUCAUUCAGUCGGUCAUUCGAUCAUUCAGUCAAUCAUCCGAUCAUUCAGUCGAUCAGGGUAUUCAGUCGGUCAUCCGAUCAUUUAGUCGAUCAGGGUAUUCAGUCGGUCAUCCGAUCAUUCAGUCGAUCAUCCGGCGAUCAUAAAGCCGGUCAUUCGAUCAUUCAGCCAAUCAUUCAAUCACUCAGUCGGUCAUCCGAUCAUUCAGUCGGUCAUAAGAUCAUUCAGUCGGUCAGAGUAUUAAGCCAGCCACUCAGUCAGUCCUUAGUCUGAGCAUUCAGCUUCUCAGUCAAUCGGUCAUUCAAUCAGUCAAUUGGUCAGUGAAUUCAGCCAAUCAGUCAGUCAGCCAUUCAAUUGGUUAAUCAGUCAGAGAAUUCACCCAGUCAGUCAGUCAGUCGGUCGGUCAGUCAGUCAGUCAUACAAUCAGUCUGUCGGUCAGAGUAGUGAAAGAAGAACGGCUAUUUCGCGACGUAGAUAAACGAAGUCAGCAAGCACUGCAAUAAGCGAUGAAAAAGUGAGUUUUCUUGAAAGUGAAAGUUUCCUUAGGCUUUGACUACUUAAAUGGACCAUUUCCCGCUUUCUUGUCGUUUGGUUCUUUAGGAUAAUCUUGUUAACGAUAACCUACACGACAUCACAGUUUAUAACCUCUUGAACAGUACCCUACUAAUUCAGGCGGGUCUCAUAGAGCCAGGCGUUCACUGAUAAUCGAAAAGUUGAUUUGGUUUUCAAACAAAUGAUAUGUUAAUCCUAUUUAAGUUUCGAGCCGUUAAAGAAUGAAGUCACAGAUUUUCCUUGAACGAGUCUUGUCUACUUAAGAAAUGAAAUUUUAUGCAGAACGUUUUCAUCUAUUACGCUCGAUUACAUUGUUAGACAUGCACCCACUGUUAUACCACAGGCAGCCCAAGCUCCAGCUGUGAGAUGAUCAUCUUGCGCAAUAACAGUUAAUGCGGAAUUAUAAGAGUUUUAUGGGAAUAUUUACGACCGCUCUAAGGAAUAAAACAAUACGUCAAAUUCUCAAUUAAAAUAUCUCACCUUACUUCCACAGCGUAUCACUUGUUAUCUGACUGCUUACUUUCAUGAAAAGAACCCAUUUUAGCGAGUUGUCCAUUUCGAGGUUUUCAACGUACAUAAGAAAAGCUCAAGGCUGAACACUCCAUUUCCGAACGCCCGAUCUGAGAAGCGAAAAAUUCCAAUGCAAAAUGGCUGGGCGGCCACAAAUCCAACGCAGAAUCCAAGCACACAUAUUGCAGUUUCAUUUCAAUUCAAUAGAAACUCAAUCUUCCCUGUGCGACCAACGCUGUGCCGCAGUUUGCUUCGAAAAUUUCCAGUUUAGAGGUUUCUAACAGGCCACGUACACAUCAACCUUCAAACACGACCGUUGAAAACCAGCUUGGUAGCCCUGCCUUCUUUUUAAACUGAGCCUCACCAGGGACCACACCGUAACUUGGCAUGAAGAAAUUGUCUUAGCACCACGAGUGCCAAGACCUGGCGAACAGAACACGAGAGGAGUGCGGAGAAGCACGAACCAAAAGCUCGUGGCACUGUAAAAAAAAAGUGACGUUGGAUUAAAGACAACCGCCAAACAUUUCAAGAAUAAGAUUCGAUUCACUAACACGCCAAACCGCUGUAAAUAGAGAAAAUUAAUGUUUCUGUCAGGGUGUAUUAUGUUUUUUUACCCCUCUAUAAUUGUUUUGCGAACGUAUAAUGGUUUGUUAUCGACUGCCCAUGUAAACUUUUUAAAUGACGCAUUUUGCGAACCUUGCUAAAAUUUUUAAAUAAUAGAUUCUUUUCCUGUGUAGAUCAUUAAGCCAUCGAGGGCUGUUUUUAACAUGAAAGUAAUAAACUUCCUCCUGAUAUUUCCAGCUUUGAAUUCAUUGUUUACCUCACUUGCAGAUGACAACGAUGAUAAAUUUUCGAAUUUUUGUAAUACUAUAUUUCAUAAUCACCUCAUUAGUGUUUGUCUUAAAAAUGAGGCUACCUUUAUUCUCCAAUUUGUCGUUUAACGCCAUGGUUAUUUUUCCAUCUUGAACUGUUCUUUUUCCCUUUAAAUCUAAGUUUAACCGCUUAGCGGUUGUUCAUUAGUUUUAAGAAAGUAGAGUUAGGUUACGAAAGAUUUUAGAGUUGUUUUGAAAAAUGAGUAAUGCUACUUUGGUGAAAAAGCGAACUUUAAUUAGCUGUUUUUACAUUUUUCAAGAAACAAGACUGAGCAACAACAUAGUUGUUAAAGGAAUGAGCUAGUUGUCUCUUCAUGCUAAAUGACUCUGGUAAGAUUUAACGGAUGGAAAUAGUUUGCCUUAAUUUAAAUUUGCGCAUGUUUUUAAAAAGUGCAAGGAGGACUUAAAGUAAAAAAUUGAAAUAAAAAGAUUUUCAGAGAUUCACUCAGCAGAGUAUGUGUACGAUACAAAUGAAGAAAAUGUAUCGAGUAUUCUUCCGGAAUAAAUUGCGGGUGAGUAGAAGUGAGUUCUAGUUUUGAUGUCAAUUGAGAUCAGCUGGUUUACAGUAAGAAAUAAUUUUAUCCUGCAGGCAAACAACCAACUUUUGAAUUACUGCGUUAAUCCUAAACCUUUAAUACUGGACUAGCGCCGAAUGUUUCUGAACGUUACUAUUGUCUAAUCAAACAUUAAGGUCUCGAGAAAAAAACGACAACAACAACAACAAAGCCAAAAAAAGCAAGAGGUAAAAAAAUUACAUAGCGUGCGUAACUCCUUCGGUCUCACAAUUCCAUUAUAAAAUUUGUUAUCACCAUUUCAUCAUUAUGUCUUCUCUGCCAGUGAUCUCGCCAUCGGCCUUCAUAUUAUUACCUUUUUAUCAAGCUGUCAGAGAUAGGUUGUCAAGACUCUUAUUUAGCUAUUUUUAGAUAGAAAUUUCUCAAUGUCAAUGAGAAAGGUUGACGUCACUGCGGACAUGAUUAUUUGUGCGGUUUUGGUCAAUAAGCACAGAUGCACACACGAGUGUUUCCCCUCCGACGUGCCUCUCCUAUGAUUAGUUUCCUUCCUUUAGUUCAUUGAGUUACCAAAUCUGGAAUGGAGGAUUGUGGGUUGACCUAACACUAAGAGCGGCAAGAAUUCAGCCUGAUUAAUCAAUUGUGACGUAUUUUUGAGGGACCUCCGAACAAGAGAAAAUCACCAGAUAUUUUCAAUGUUUGUUCUUACAUUAGUUCAAGUCCUCAGCGAAAGUAUAUCCUCACAGCUUUCCACUCAACAACCACAAAAUGGAAACUUGGUUUUCGAUUCUUGGCUGGUCUCUAUCCAUUCUGACCAUAACUGGAAAUGGAUUUAUCAUCUGCCUCGUUAGCAGAAGACGGCGGCUUCGUAAAGCCAACGCAUUUAUAGUUUCUCUUGCAGCGGCGGACUUCUGUGUUGGGCUCAGUACUUUUCCCCCGCUUUUCGUCUGCGAAGAGAUAAUUGGAUGUAACCCAAAGGCCUUCUUAGCGAGUGAGAUGGAUUAUCUAAGAUGGCUCUUUGGGUACGCUUCGGUUACAAACUUGUGCGGUUUAGUCCUGGAGCGCCACGUUGCUGUUGUGAAGCCGUUAAGUUACUUGACUUUUAUGACGCGCAAACGCGUUCUCCAAAUGUUUGUUAUCUCUUGGACCAUUCCAGUUAUUUUGGUCUUGGCUUUUUUACUAAACGGGCUUGUUUUUAAAGAGAUUCUGCUGUUUAAAGUGCUGACACUGAUUACCAUUGUUUUUCUAGAAUUCUUACCGUGUUCCGGUCUAAUUUUUUGCUUUGCAUCAAUGUAUUAUAUUGUUUACAAGCACGAAAGAGCCGCCCGCAUCUUGGCAAAACUACUCCGCUAUAACCAAAGAUUUUUGCUCAGAAUCAAGGAAAAGGCUGCUGUGAAAAUAAUGGCAAUUGUGAUUGGUUUGUUUCUUGUAACUUACUCGUUCGCUUUGCGAUGUAGCUUUAUUUACAUUUUGAAUGACGACGAAAAACCGUGUGAUGGUCAGGAAUAUAAAAUACCCCUUCUUGUCGUUUCU